CCAAAUGCGAAUGCACGUGAACCAAAAGGAAUUCAUUGCUAUAGUUACGCAAAUAGUCUUGUUCCAAUUCAAUUUGAAUUGCCACGUAUUAAUCCAAAAUUUAUUGGUAAAUCAUAUCGAUAUGUAUAUGCUACACGUGCACCACCUGGCCGAUUGUUCGAUGCAUUGAUUAAAUUAGAUGUUCAAUCAAAAGAACAAGUAGGUUUAUGGGAAGAAGCAUGUAAAUCACCCAGUGAACCUAUUUUUGUUCCAAGACCUGAUGCUAAUCAUGAUCAAGAAGAUGAUGGAGUUGUUUUAUCGAUAGUUUUAGAUCAACAAGCUAAGAAAUCAUUUUUACUUGUACUUGAUGGCAUUACAUUUAAAGAACUUGCUCGUGCUCAUCUUCCCAUACAUAUUCCUUUAUCAUUUCAUGGCAACUUUUAUUAA